AACAUACACGUCAUAAUAAGGAUAAAUAAUACGAAUACGAAUGUCUAUCCUUUUACGUUUUCUCUUAUCGUUUUUCCAGAGUAUGGGAAUGAGUCGAUCCGGAUUCACCUACGCGAACGACAACAAAGACAGCGAGACAAAGUCAAUGUUCACUUGGAAGAGAACCGGUCGAGACACCCGUAGAGAAAACAUUAAACGGAGCGGAUAGUAAACGAUGCCUAACGUUUUAUAGAACUCAGUGAAGAGAAAGCUUAUGAUCUCAAGGUUAGAUCUAGACCCAGGUGAUGAAUCUGGAGAAAGAAAUGUAAUGAAUUACGAACACCACAAAAACAGCAGACGGAGAGAUAGUGACAUUGAAGAUUACCCGUACUCCAAACAAUCACGAACGAGAAAGAACCGGCAGACAAUCCACGGAACAUCGUACACAAGCAUCAGUAACUCAAGGUGCGGAUCUCUCCCCAACAGAAAAGUACUACACCCUCAGACAUACCAAAAUCUUCCUAAGAAAAACCAGAUUAACGAAGAUCAUAUAAAAGAAAGAAUAGAAAAGAAAAAGGAUCCAGGGGAUAUAGACUACUCAGAAAUCUAAAACCCUAUUAAAGAAGAAAGAAGAAG